CUGUAAAAUCCCAGCCUAGCAACCAAGGCUGAAUGAAGUGCCGUGCGUUUGAUCGAGAAGUCAACUUCAACCACCAAAUUAUCAACGUUGCGCCGUUUGUUUAAUUAACGCCUGAGAUCUGCAUUCAACACGUGAUAUUGGGAAACAGCCGAUGAGGAAUAGAAGGCACACGAUCUUCUUCCAACCGAAGCCGAAAAGCCAUCGUCAAACAUCCAACUGAACGUUUUCCUUUUGAGGGAUUCUUCUUCCGACGCAUCGCCAAGAUGUCGAAACCACCUUCCCGAGUCGUUUUUGUGGGAAACAUCCCCUAUGGCCUUUCCGAGGAACAGAUCAGCGACAUCUUCAGCAGUGCAGGCAAAGUCCUUAACUUCCGCCUCGUCUAUGACCGUGAGACUGGACGGCCGAAGGGUUUCGGCUUCGCGGAGUAUCCCGACAACGAUUCUGCGGCAUCUGCGGUCCGCAACCUUAACGAUUACGAGAUUAUGGGUAGGAAACUGAGGGUCGACUUCUCCAACGAAGGAGGCAGCGACGGCAACGAUGACAGUCAUGGACAUCAGGGUCGAGAUGGCGGUAAUCCAUCUUACGCCUCGAAUGGCUAUAACCCGGUUGCGCCCCCGGUGCAGUCGAGCACGCUCCCUCCUCUACCAGCCGGCAAAGAGCUCCCCCCCAACGUGACCGCAACCGACGCCAUUUCCCGCACGCUGAACACGCUGCCCCCCUCACAGCUCCUGGACAUCCUCACGCAAAUGAAAGCGCUUGCCUCCUCUGAUCCCGCCCGAGCGACGGAGCUCCUUCAGCAGGCGCCGCAGCUGACCUACGCCGUUUUCCAGGCCCUUUUGCUGAUGGGCCUUGUGUCUCCGGAGGCAAUCCACUCCGUCAUCGAAGCCGGCGGCGCGCCCUCUGCGACCCCGGUCCCGACCGCACCAGUCGGCUACCCGCCUCAGCCCCCCGCGCCGGGUUUCCCCCCAGUGGUUGUGCCCGGUGCCACCAACACCCCGCCUGUCGUGGGCACGCCGUACGCGCCGCCCCCCCAGCAGGCUCCUUACGGCGCGCCACCCCCACCGGCCGCGGCGGCCCUGGGCCAGGACCCCGAUGCGCUCAUGCGGCAGGUUAUGGAGCUGCCGCUGGAGACAAUCAACAUGCUACCCGAGGCUGAAAGGCAACAGAUCCUGGCGCUCCGGGCAACCUUUGGAGGCCAGAGACGAUGAGUGCCGAAUCUUCUUCCUCGCGCAUGCGCAAACUCAGCCGAUCGGGCUGUGAAGCAUAUAUGGCCUGGAAUCAUCCAGGCUGGUUUCUUUUUGGAUGGAGAUGCCACCACACGCCC